AUGGCCGAAAACAAGCCGUACCGCUAUGUCAUCAUUCUGGGGAUGGCGUUCAUGGCGUUGGGUCUGUUCAUGAUGUCUGUAGAGAAGCCACAGGUGUUUGCCACGUUCUGUGCUGCGGGAGUGAUAAUGGUGGUCAUUGGGUCUGUCUGGUCGGUGUGUCAGUGUUACCCCAGGGUGACUGUUAUACUGCCAGAUAAGGAAGAUCUCUGUGGGGCUGAAAAACAGGACUUAAGUGCUGGAAGUUCAGACGUUAAAAGGUUAGAUUGAUUUAAAAAUAUAUCAAAAUUUUAGUGUAAAAAGAAAAUCUGAUCAAUUUCAAAUGACAUCAAGAUUUUUUUUUACCAUAAAUUUGCCAAUGGGAAACAUAAACUUAAUUGAAGAAAAUAGUUUUGUGUGAUGUCUUUAAACAUAAACGUAUAUUGUAGGGGGGGUUUUGUCUUUCUUUUUUUUUUUUGCCGACAAGGGAUUUACAAAGCUAAAUAAGGAUGUUCUAAAUAAACAUAAAUGCUGUUUUUUUUGUAUGGAUAAUUAAAUUGUG